CUUCAAUCUUCGUGAUUAGACCAUAUGUUCGUGCUGUCAAUUCUUUGACAUUACAAGCCUAAAGCAUGAAAAUAGCACAAAGGUAGGUAACCAGUGGUAAAGCAGUAUCGUACUAUAACUUUUAUAUCUAUACUCAAACACCUGACAGAUAUUAGUAGCUGUAGGUCCGAGAUUUCUCUUUCCCACUAAAUGUACUACUCAGGAGGUGAUUUUUGUGAAUCGUAACCAUUACUCUCCAUCAAGGUUGAUAUUCACUCUUUAUUCUACGAUAGAAGGAUCAAGCAGUUACUAUUGACAUCUUUUCCUUUUAAGAGCAACGGGUUUUGACAGGUAUUUCCCAAGACUACAAACAGAUUAUUGCAGCUCGAACAGGGUUAAUCGAAGCACACCUAAUACAUAUACUUUGCAAUCUCGAGUCCUUCCUCACAGCAAAUCUUGUCAAUACAAUAUUUCAAAAUGUGUGGUGAAAAUAUGAAGCAGUUCCUCAAGGAGCUCCCAAAAUGUGAGCAUCACAUUCAUAUCGAGGGGUCUCUGUCUCCAGCUCUGCUGUUCGAAUUGGCAAAAACAAACAACAUCGCCCUUCCAGACUCUGCGACUGAUGCCUCUUUCAAAUCUCCCCAAGAACUCGAAUCUCGCUACGAACGGUUUACUUCUCUCAACGAUUUCCUCCAUUACUAUUACAUUGGCAUGUCAGUGUUAAUAAACCCUGCGGACUAUGAAAGCUUGGCCUACGAAUAUCUCACGAAAGCAAAUCGCGACGGUGUUCACCAUGCUGAAAUUUUCUUCGAUCCACAAGCACACACUGAACGUGGAAUUGCAUACAACACUGUUGUUGAGGGUCUUUCGGCUGGACUAAGACGCGCUGAGAAGGAUUUUGGUAUCACCUCAAAACUCAUUCUAUGCUUUUUGCGACACUUGUCGGCUGAGAAUGCAAAAGCUACAUAUCAGGAAGCAGUCUCGUUGGGUCACUUUUCAAAUGGGACUGUGGCUGCUAUUGGCCUUGAUAGCAGUGAGGUUGGGUUCCCACCAGAAAUUUUCAGAGAGAUUUAUGAAUCUGCAGAAAGCAAAGGGAUUCAUCGAACCGCUCAUGCUGGUGAAGAAGGUGACACUUCUUACAUUUCCAGAGCACUCGACAUCUGCAAAGUUGAAAGAAUUGAUCAUGGAAUUAGGUUGGCUGAAGAUGAAAAUUUGUUAAAGCGAGUAGCGGAGCAGGGGACAAUGUUGACGGUUUGCCCACUCAGCAACGUUCGCUUGAGGUGUGUUGAGAAUGUUGGACAAUUGCCAAUUCGAAAGUUCUUGGAUGCAGGAAUUAAAUUCAGCAUCAACAGUGACGACCCAGCUUACUUUGGUGGUUACAUUUUGGAUAAUUAUCUUGCCGUUCAAGAAGCAUUUGGCUUGAAUUUAAAGGAAUGGAAAUAUAUUGCAACCAGCGCAAUUGAAGGAAGUUGGUGCGAUGAUGAUAGAAAAGCUGUGUUGUUGAGCAAGGUUGACGCUUGUGCCAAAAAGUAUGAGGCAUUGAUUUGAAAGGAGGAGUAAACAAAAGUUAAAACACUGGCAUGCCGCAAUUUCGAGUUUAGUUUGAUCGGAGAUAUGCAGAUAUACUGGUGGUGAAAAUUUUCAAAAGACAAAUACACAUCUAGAUUGGUUUCACUUCAGCCUUUAAUAAUUGGCGCUGGAUUCGAGAACAAUAUCUAAAUGACACAGAUCACCUCGCUUCCCCUUUCUCCUUUGUGAUUUCUUUACCACUUUCAACCUCAAAACUGAAU